CGCCGCGGCUCGCGGGUGCCCCGAACACCCCACUCGCCUCCCCGCCGCUCUCCCCGCGCCCCUGCUCCGCGGGGCCCGCCAGAGGAGACAGAGGGCAGGGCCCGGCGCGCGGAGGGCCCUCCGAGGGGCCGAGCACCCCGCCGGAGGCCGCAGGCGCCGUUGGGCAGCAGCCCCGUGCAUGUGGGGUGCGCCGUGCGUCUGGUGGGGCUGACGAAGGACGGCUGCAAGGUCUCGCCGCGGUCCGAGCCGCCCGCGCGGGAGAUGCGCGUGCCCGUGGUCAGCUGUGCGGGGCGCGAGCUCGCGACCCUGGACGCCGACCCGUCGUGGCGUGCGCGCGACGUGCUCGCGGCUCUGCCGGCGGACGGCCGCGACGUGAGGAGGCGGGUGUUCCUGGGAGAG